AUGUCUGGCUCCCUCUCACAGUGCGCCUCCAUCUCCCCGGUGUGUGUGGACCUGGCGGACUGGGGGGCCACGGAGGCGGCCCUGCAGGACAUCGGCCCCAUCGAUCUACUGGUGAACAACGCUGCCUGUGCCAGCCUGCAGCCCUUUCUGGAGGUCACACCUGACCAGUUUAACCACUCAUUCGAUGUGAAUGUGAAAGCUGUGUUGCAUGUCUCCCAGAUAGUGGCUCGUGGUAUGAAGGCCAGAGGAUCAGGAGGCUCUAUUGUCAACUUAUCCAGCCAGGCAUCACAGUGUGCCCUAAGAGACCACGCUGUCUACUGUGCCACUAAAGGAGCUCUGGACAUGCUGACUAAAGUGAUGGCCCUAGAGCUGGGACCCUACCAGAUCCGUGUGAACAGUGUGAACCCCACUGUGGUGAUGACAGAGAUGGGUCGCCUGGGCUGGAGCGAACCCGAAAAAGCCAAGACCAUAACGUCUCGCAUACCCCUAGGCCGCUUUGCAGAGGUGGAGGACGUGGUGAAUAGUAUUUUAUUUCUGCUGAGUGAUAAGAGCAACAUGACUAAUGGAGUCACUCUGCCGGUGGACGGAGGCUUCCUGGCCUGCUGACCAACACAAGCACAGCAACCAUCUGCUCAAAGGAAACAUACUUUUUCUUAUCAACUCACUGCAUUAUAAGAAUAAACAUAGAUCAGUUUGUGUCAGUAAUUAAACUCAACCUCUAAUUUC